UAGCAGCAGAAGUGUGAAAGAGUUCCACAUCAUGUGCAACCACAUGAGAUUUAAAAAAUCUGAGGUGGCAAAAGUGAUGCCUCAGGAUACCUUUUACUUUUCCAUCUUGAGACAUCCUGUGGCUAUGAUGGAAUCCAUCUUUAGUUAUUAUAAGAGCAUUCCAGCCUUUCGUAAGACAUUUAGCCUGGAGGACUUCUUAGACAACAGCUGGAGAAACUAUAAUGCAUCAGUAGCCAACAACCACUAUGCUCACAAUAUUCUGGCUUUUGACUUUGGCUUUAAGAAUAAUAUUGCAGUUGGUGCUGGAGACUUUGAGGAGAGAACCACUGUGGCUAUUAAAACCAUAGAACAGGACUUUAAUCUUAUACUAAUUUCUGAAUACUUUGAUGAGUCCAUGGUCUUGCUCAAGUACUCCCUCUGCUGGUCCUUGGAAGAUAUGGUUUCCUUUCGGCUCAAUAGUCGCAGUGAACAAACUCGGCAUUCACUUUCACCGAACACUGCAGAAAAAAUCAAGAAGUGGAAUGCUUUAGACUGGAGGAUUUACCUGCACUUCAACACAACCUUCUGGCACAAAGUGGAUAGUCUUGUUGGACGACAGAAGAUGGAGAGGGAAGUAGCUCAGCUGAGAAAGCUACAAGUCAAGCUUGCAAACACUUGCCUGAAAGAUAGAUGUGCGGUUGACCCAUCACUGGACCAAUUUGCCAUAGGAGACCCAGAGUGA